UGUGCGACUUGGAUGGAAAACUCUCGUGGAUGUGGACGUGGACGUGGAGGUGGAGGCGGCGGAAGCAACGACGGCGCCAACCCCUCGUCCACCUUUGCCGCCUCCUCUGCCGUCUCUGGCAAGGGUCAUGAGGACAAGCUGGAUCUCCCCUCCUCUAAUUCCCUCCUCAAGAAUAAUCGGUACCUGAGCGCCGCCGUCGCCGGCAGUGCCGCCAACCCCAACACCUCCUCCCACCGCUCCUUCAGUGCCCUCCAACCGUCGCAAGAGAUGAAAGAUUUAGCCUUUCCGUUCGACCGUCGUCCACCUAUCUUGCCCCUCCUCUCGCCGGUGGACUCCUCCGCGGCCACCUUCCACCUCAACACCUCCGCCCCCUUCAUCCCUUCCAAGGCCACCAUUUCAUCGUUCCUCGGCACUGCAUGCUCCAACCCGUCCCACCUGAGCAGCGAUGCCACCAAGUUCCCGCCGCUCACCAAGGCGUCGACGACUUUCCCUAUUUUAAUGGGCAGGGGAGGUGGUGGAGGGGCUUUGCGCCGUCCUGGAGUGGGGCCUGGUUUUGGCUCGGCUGCCCAAUUCUCAAGCACUCGAGUGCCGGUGCUUGCCGAAAAUGACUCUAGUUCUGGCUUCAGCACCAGCUUCCACCUCAUGGGCUUUGAUUCUUCUAAGAAUUCGCCAUUCUUAAACAGGUCUAAGGUGUUGAGACCUGUGGAGAUCUUCUCCGAGGUGGGAGACCAGCAAACUUUGUUUCAGAAACGACCUGGCCCAGGUACAGGGCAGGGAAGCCAAGUCAGGAGUGCAAUUGAAGGAGAGAAGGAGAAGACAAGGAGGGGCCCGGGGAGUAAGGAGGAUGAGAUAGACGAGCAACGCAUUAAUGGCUUGGGCCUUGCUAAUGACUCGGAGGAGGCUGCAGCCGAGAACGCGAGAGAUUUAGGCGAUGGGAAGAAGAAUGAUGGUGGAAAUACUUCGAAUGCCAAUAAUACGUUUUCCGAUGGUGGAGAAAAGGAAGGGAAGAAGAAGGGCCCCGGUGCGAAAAAUCUGAUGGCUGAGAGGAGGAGGAGGAAGAAGCUGAAUGACCGGCUUUACAUGCUCAGAUCCGUUGUUCCAAGAAUCAGCAAGAUGGAUAGAGCUUCUAUUCUUGGAGAUGCAAUCGCGUAUUUGAAGGAGCUUCUGCAGAGGAUGAAUGAUCUUAACAAUGAAAUCAAGUCAACACCUUGCGGUACUUCAAUAUCCGCUCCACCUACGACAAGCUUUCACCCAUUGGCACCCACACCACCCACCCUGCCUUCUCGUCUAACAAGCCCCACCAGUCAACCACCAAGGGUUGAAGUUAGGGCAAGAGAGGGUCAAGCAGUGAACAUUCACAUGUUUUGUGGCCGGAGAUCCGGUCUAUUGCUCUCCACCUUGAGGGCACUUGAAAGCCUCGGUCUCGAUGUCCAACAGGCAGUCAUCAGCUGUUUCGAUGGGCUUGCACUCGAUGUUUUCCGUGCUGAGCAAUGCAGGGAUGGACCUGGAGUUCCACCUGAAGAAAUCAAAGCCGUGCUUUUGCAAUGUACCGGCUAUCAAAGUGGAACGUAGCUGAACAGAAUCAUAGAAGGAUUUGCGAGGUGACCAACUGUAAUGAAUAUUACUUAGAUCUAGCAAGCUUUCAUUUCAUAGUUUUCGAUGUCACCCAGCCACAUAGUUGGUGAUGGUUCCAAAUAUCUUCCCUUGACCUAGCUUGGCAAGGAGAGACAUUUGCCAAUCUCUUGCUUCAAUCCUGAAAUAAAUGUUGCAUGUUGAAUCCUGAUCUUAGUUAAUUAUUCAAUAUCUAAAUUAA